AGUUCUCUUGGGAUUCCUCUUUUCCAUCAUCAACCACAAUCAUCAGCAUCUUUUUACAUUUUAGCAUUUUUCGCACCCGCAUUAAACAAGAUAUCCAAUUAAUCCAAUAAUGAUUGCCGCCAAGUUCCCUAUCUUCCUCAUUGCCGCUGCCAUGGUCAUGGUCAGCUCUUUUGUUGAAGCCGCCCCCGCUGCCAAGCCUACAUCUUGCAUCAAGUGCCUUGCUCCUCCAAUGUGCCCUCCCUGCGGAACUGGCUUCAAGUGUGUGAUUACUCCUGCCACUUGCCAUGAUUGUGGCAAGGGAGAGUGCAAGCCAGCUGAGACUCAGACCAAGCCGGGCCACUGCAUCUAUUGCUUCGCUCCUCCUACAUGUCCUCCUUGCGGUGAAGAUGAGAAGUGUGUGAUCAUCCCAGCUACUUGCCACGACUGCGGCGACGGCUACUGCACGCCCAAGUAAAGGA